CACGUUCGGUUGAGCCGGGGGCAGCCGCGGUGGCGGCAGCAGCAGCAGCAGGAGCAGCUGGGCGAGGAGCGGGAGCCGGGGACAGGGGCAGGGCGAUGGGGUCGAGGCCGGGGCUUUGACAGCUGCGACCGGUUCGAGUUGGUGCAGCGGUGGCAGCAGGCGGCGGCGGCAGAGCCUGGGCAGGUCACAGCUGGGGGAAGGCGCGAGGCUCAGGGGACCGGAGAGCAUCGGAGCACUACGGGCAGCCUCGGCGGCGGCGGCGGCAGCAUCAGCUUCAAUUUUCGCCUCUUUCUUACUGCGGACCAUGUUCGCCAAAGGCAAAGGCUCGGCGGUGCCCUCGGAUGGGCAGGCUCGGGAAAAGUUAGCGUUGUAUGUCUAUGAAUACUUGCUGCAUGUAGGAGCACAGAAAUCAGCACAGACCUUUUUAUCAGAGAUCCGAUGGGAAAAAAACAUCACACUAGGAGAACCUCCAGGGUUUUUACAUUCAUGGUGGUGUGUAUUUUGGGACCUUUACUGUGCAGCUCCUGAAAGGCGAGAUACUUGUGAACACUCAAGUGAAGCAAAAGCCUUUCAUGAUUACAGUGCAGCUGCAGCUCCAAGUCCCGUACUUGGUAACAUUCCUCCAAAUGAUGGAAUUCCAGGGGGACCCAUUCCUCCAGGUUUCUUUCAGGGACCACCUGGCUCUCAGCCCUCGCCACACGCACAGCCUCCACCUCACAACCCCAACAGCAUGAUGGGACCCCACAGUCAGCCUUUUAUGUCACCAAGAUACGCAGGAGGUCCCCGGCCCCCCAUCAGAAUGGGAACCCAGCCUCCAGGUGGUGUUCCUGGUACACAGCCCUUGCUGCCCAACUCAAUGGACCCCACACGACAACAAGGGCAUCCCAACAUGGGAGGUCCAAUGCAAAGGAUGAAUCCUCCACGAGGAAUGGGACCCAUGGGUCCAGGUCCACAGACUGAUCCUUGGUUAUCAUUGCAGAACUAUGGCGGCGGGAUGAGACCUCCACCCAACUCUCUAGGGCCUGGCAUGCCUGGGAUUAACAUGGGUCCAGGAGCUGGUAGACCAUGGCCCAAUCCCAACAGCGCUAACUCAAUUCCAUAUUCUUCUUCAUCACCCGGUACAUAUGUGGGGCCCCCUGGUGGCGGCGGUCCUCCUGGAACACCCAUCAUGCCUAGCCCUGCAGAUUCGACAAAUUCAAGUGACAACAUCUACACAAUGAUUAAUCCCGUACCGCCUGGAGGCAGUCGGUCGAAUUUCCCAAUGGGGCCUGGAUCAGAUGGUCCAAUGGGAGGCAUGGGCGGGAUGGAGCCCCAUCACAUGAAUGGCUCAUUAGGGUCGGGAGACAUAGAUGGACUUCCAAAAAAUUCUCCAAACAACAUAAGUGGCAUUAGCAAUCCUCCAGGCACUCCACGAGAUGAUGGUGAACUAGGAGGCAACUUCCUCCAUUCCUUCCAAAAUGACAACUAUUCUCCCAGCAUGACGAUGAGUGUGUGAUUUUCCUCCUCCCUUACCCCACAUCCUCUUCUCCAAGAUAAAGAAAAGUCAGCUGCCAUUUGGAGGAUUCUCAAGAAAUUAUGCAAGAAGAGAAGCUAGGUGUGUUUGGCAGGGAGACAUGCAGAGCUGGGGAUCCACCCCUGAUUUUUAGUUUCAUGCAAUAAAAAGGCUGAACUUUUUAUUCCAUAAAACAAUGAAGGACAAAUCUUAAAAUAUUUCAAGACAUGACAAGAUCCUUCUUCUGCAGAAGGAUUUAUUCUAUGUACAUGACACUUUUUUCGUUGUUGAUUUUUUUUAAACAAACGAAAACCCUCUAACACCCAAUUCAACCCCCUUUGCUUGAUUAUUCUUUUAAAUCUGUUGUAUGUUUGUGCUGUGCUACACAAGGAAGCUAGUCUAGAUAUGAAAUCUCAUGUUGUCUCUGUAGCCAUUGGGAAAAAAAUAAAACUGGACAGGAUUUUUUAAUAAAUUGGUGGGUUUUGUUCAGAGGGCCUUUCCCCACCACCUUCCCUCUUCCGCCCCCCUUCCGCCCUUCUUUUUUGUUUGGUUUUUCUGUUUGGUGUUUUGCAGCACAACACCUUCUCCAGCAAGAAGAGAUCUGUAUGGGAAAGAUUUCCUCUGCCUCAUUCUAAUGCAGCUGAUCCCCUCGUAGGAUCACAUCCUCCAAAAAUUUAGUUGUGAUCUUGAUAUCUGUGACUGUGGCAUGCACUGUAUUAGCCCCCCUCCUCCCCGCCCCAAGUUACACAAAAUGUUAUUAAUUGCCCCUCUGAGAAACUUUAAAAGUGUCAAAAUUCCUGGGGAUGGGGUGUGGAGGGUUAGGGUACUGGGAAUUUUCUGAAAUGUUAUAUUGGGGAGGGGUUGGUCUGCCAGAAAUAAACGGAAAUGGGGUUUAAAACUUGACCUGGGACUCGAAAACUGUGAGCGCAACCUUCUUAACAUGUUUUGUUUUCUUUGUUUUUGAUUUUUUUUAAUGAAAUGAUGUGAUCUUAUUAGGGUUUCACUGUAUAUGCUCUGGAACUGGAUGGAGAUAUUUUAAAGUAAUUAUUGUUGUUAAAAUGUAUACUUGCUAUUCUGUAGGCUCUCUCUUACUCUCUCCCCCUCUCCCUUUUUCUCUGUAAUUAAAAACAAACAAAAGAAAGAACCCUUACCUUCUCAAGGUAGAGGUGACUACAGAAAAGCAUACCAUGUAUAGUGAAACUCGCAAGUCUUGGGAUCUCUGUACAUUACACUUCCUUGUAGCUGGUCUUUGUUUUAUAUAAAAUGGAAAAAAAACCCUUCACUUCUGAUCUAUGUAUUUCAUAUUAUGUAAAAUAUUAUCUUCCCCUGGAUUUACCUACCUUUGUGCGGAUUCUUGAGAACAUUGUAUCUUGUUUCAGUGUUUUUUCUUACCUUGUAGUCUGGUUCUAAAAUUAAGCGAGGGGAAAGGAAAAGUAAUUAUUAUACAUUGUAGUUUGUGUACGAUAUUUGUUGAUAAUGUUUUAUUAAAGGGAUGUCUUUUCCGCACCCCUUAAUGAAAUGAUUUUUGGGGGGGAACCAUUGGCUUCUUUUUAUUAUUCUGACUGCAAACAGUAAAAGAAAAAAACGAAACCUCACAAACCAUGUGAUUGAUAAAAACUUUUUUAGUACUACAAUAUGAAUUUUUUUAAACGUUUGCCUUUUUCUUAGGCAUCUUAAUUGUGUUUUCUUUGUAGAAAGAUGAUAGGGGUGGGUAAAUGGUCUGUCUCACAGUCAGGAUAAUAUUUUAAAAAAUUAAACCAUCAAAUCAAGAUUUGUCACAUUGCUAAAUGUACCCUUUCUAAUUUUUUUAAAUUGAAAACUGAUGGGUUUCAUUGUAUUAAAGUGAUAGCUAAAUUAUUGUCUUCACUGGUUCAAGGUGGUUUUUAAAAGAUGAAGCAAGACCCCUCCCCUUCUCUCCCCAUACUGUAAUAAAUAUAAGCAUUUGAUUUCA